CAAGCAAAACGAUGCGACUCGGUCCAUCUCUCGGUUUUAUAACCCAGAGUCUACUGCACGUUCCAGUCUCCCACAUUUCCUACUCCAAACCACCAUCACUCUUUCCUCAUCCCCACACUUUUGCACCACCCAAAACGCCACUGCCACUUCCAGAUCUAUGACGACUGUUCCUGCUCGACUUCCAUGUCUCCUCUGACCGUCUUCCACCACACUGUGAUUUGAAGCCACAACAUCACUCCUUGCAGCGAGCGACAUGGGUGGAUACUCCAGGAUGGGAGUGGUCACGGGCUCCACGGCCAAGUCAAGAUCCAUGGAGUUCUCAGAUCCCACCUUCUUCUCUCCCCCACCGAAAGAAGCCCCAGAGCCUCAACAAAAAGAAGCUGCUGAUGUCAUCAAGCCUGUCGACCGCUUCUCGUGGCUGCAGCAGCAGCAGGAGGAGGAGGAGGAGGAGGAGGAGGAGGAGGAGGAAGGCGGGCAGAGGUUUGGGGUGAUACUCAGCAGGACCUGCUCCUCUGCCUCUCAGAGGUUCUCUAAUGGCUCCACCGGCCUUCAGAGUGCGGUCAUGAGGGCCUUCUCCAUGAGGAGGUCCUCCUCGGUCAGAGAGGGCUACUGCAGGAUCCAUGACACUGGUGACGAAGAUGGCGGUGCUGACUUAAUGGACGAGGAGGAGGAGCAGCAGCAGCAGAUGAGGUAUUCCAGGAAGAAGAAGAAGAAGAACAAGGGAAAGUUCCUAAGGGCAUGCAAGAGGCUCCUUGGAUUCUAAUGGUGUCGUGUUUCUUGCAUCAUCUUACUAUAUACUCUCUCUAUCUGCUUCCUUCUUUCCUUCCUUCCUUCCCACCCCAACUCUCGCUCAUAGGAAUUUGCAGUUUCAUCUGGACCUAAUGGGUUUGCAUCGACCCACUUUUUUCGGUUUUGGGCUCUCAGGUCUUUGAGCAAAUGGAGAGUCAUGUUAUAAUACUAUCUUGUCUCGUCUGCAGGUUUCUCGCUAAAGUGUUUUCGUAUAUGCCAAGUUGGAAACAAUUCAGCUGU